UUGGUCACCGGAUGGGCUUUGGGCAUCAUUCAUCACUCAUCUUAUCGCAGUCCACAUCUCCACAGUCCCCACACUCUCCUUCCAAAUUUCCUCCCAACACCGAAAGUGCUAGGCGAGAAAAAGCUUGAAUUCCCACUAAUUCUCCGAAGUGAAAGACAAGAAAUAAGAAAAAAACGACGAAAAGCCCGGAAGAUUGAAUGGAUGCAGAAACUUCAUUAUUGGUGUAAUCUGAUCAACAUCCUAUAAAAACUAUUAUCAGGUUUGAGAGCAGUGAGAUGCUGGCGACUUUCAUAUCUUCAACGCCUGUGCUACAAGAUUCAUGGAGGCUUUGCAGCCUCGCAAACACCUCUGCAAGUGUCGUUACCGAUCAAGUUCGAGGCAUCGCUUACGUGGCCUUCUCGGGGACCAUUAUGCCCCCUCUUGCAGACCCCAGCUGCGCUAACUUGGAGGCUUUGGACCGCCCCCCUGAUGGCCUUUUUCCACCGUUGCAGCAGCGCCAUGCUCAGCAUCAGCACGAAGACCCUCCUAUGCUUCAUGCUGCCAUUUUACAUCACUUCCUCUCCUUGUACACCUCACCGGCCUUUCUUAAUCAGAUUUUGACAGUAAUAGAGAAAAGCAAGGCAGUUGUGAUGACAGGCCACUCCAUGGGAGGUGCAGUUGCCUCUCUUUCAGCACUUUGGCUCCUCUCCCAUCUCCAAUCCACUUCUUCUUCCCUUCCAGUCCUGUGCAUCACAUUUGGCUCCCCACUGUUAGGCAAUGAGGCCCUUUCACGAGCAAUUCUCCGAGAAAGAUGGGCUGGUAACUUCUGCCAUGUUGUUUCAAACCACGACUUCGUGCCAAGACUCUUCUUGGCUCCUCUACCUUCCUUGUCUACCCAGCAGCCACAUUUUGUCCGGCAAUUCUGGCACUUGUUGAUGACUUCUCUGCAAUCAGUUUUAGAGACAAUCCAGUUAUUUCGUUCUGUGUUGCCUUUCGUUCAGGCAUCGGCGGCCACCACAGGAGUUGGAUGGGUUAAAAGUCCGUUCAGCCCGUUUGGGAACUACUUGUUUUUUUCUGAAGAGGGAGCUGUAUGUGUCAAUGAUGCUGCAGCUGCUGUUAAGAUGCUAGAGUUGAUGUUUACAACAGCGUCACCUGGUUCUAGCAUUGAGGAUCAUCUCAAGUAUGGAGAUUAUGUUGGGAAAGCUUCUUGGCAGUUGUUGAUGAGGAAAAGCUUCACCCAAGGAGAACCUCCGGAGUCGAGCUAUGAAGCAGGGGUUGCUUUGGCUGUGCAGUCCUGUGGGCUAGCUGGGCAGGAGUCAAUUGCCGGACCAGCCAAAGAUUGCCUAAAGAUGGCCAAGAGGGUGAAUCCGUUACCACCACACCUGAAUAGCGCUAACCUUGCCAUAACCCUGUCCAAAAACGUCCCAUACAGAGCCCAGAUAGAGUGGUUCAAAGAAUCAUGCAACAAGUCUGGUGAUCAAAUGGGCUACUACGACUCCUUCAAACUAAGAGGAGCCUCAAAGAAAGGUGCUAAGAUCAACAUGAACCGGUGCCUGCUUGCAGGGUUUUGGGAUAAUGUCAUCUAUAUGCUCGAAAGCAACCAACUACCUCACGAUUUUAAUAAGAGGGCGAAAUGGGUGAAUGCCUCUCAAUUUUAUAAACUCCUGGUGGAGCCGCUGGACAUUGCAGAGUACUAUAGGACUGGGAAGCACCGCACCCAGGGACAUUACUUGAAGAAUGGUCGAGAGAAAAGGUAUGAGAUUUUUGAUAGAUGGUGGAAAGGGAGAGAGGCCGGGGAUGAAGAAAAUAACAAGAGGACUUCUUAUGCGAGUUUGACACAAGAUUCAUGCUUCUGGGCAAGAGUAGAGGAAGCCAAGGACUGGUUAGACCAGGUUAGGAGUGAGAGCGAUACGGGGAGGUCAGAUAUGUUAUGGCAAGAUAUUGACAGGUUUGAAAGUUAUGCUACAAGAUUGGUUGAGAACAAGGAAGUUUCCAUAGAUGUCCUGGCAAAGAAUUCAAGCUUUACUUUGUUGAUGGAAGAACUGCAAGAUUCCAAAAAAAAAACCCAGCAAUUCCCACCUCAGUUUCCAGCCUUUUGGAAUGAAGAGAUGGUUCCUUAAAAUUCAUCUUCUAAAAGCUUUGUAAUACACCAGUGCUGUGAUUUUAGCGUUGCAUGUAUAUAUAUGACUGUUAUCAUAAUUUAUGAAAAUUGUAUCACAAA